GUCCUGAUCAUGGACGAGUGUGGCUACAUGUUCUUCAAGGACCGCACAGGGGACACGUUCCGCUGGAAGGGGGAGAACGUGUCCACCACCGAGGUGGAGGGCACACUGAGCCGACUGCUGGACAUGAAGGACGUGGUGGUCUACGGCGUGGAGGUACCAGGGGCAGAGGGGAAGGGCGGCAUGGCGGCCAUCGCUGACCCCUCCCAUACCUGUGACCUUGAGAAGUUUGGGAAGGACAUGGAGAAGGUUCUACCUCCCUACGCCCGGCCCGUCUUCCUCCGCCUUCUCGCACAAGUCGACAAGACCGGUACCUACAAGUUCCAGAAGACAGAGAUGCGUCGCGAGGGCUUCAACCCCCGGGAGGUGACAGACAAGCUGUACUUCCUGGAGCCCAGCAGGGGGCGCUAUGUGGAGCUCAGCGAGGAGCUGUACAGCUCCAUCCUCGCCGGCAAACAGAAGUUGUGACCGCAGGGACGCCGACACUACACACACACACACGCACACACACACACAGCUGCCCACACACAUACAUUACCCCAGGGAAGACGAAAACUCUGAGACCAGGAUAGCGGGGGUCAACUGACAACACAUUUGCCCACUAUAAGGAAACGCCUAGAACGUAAGAUCCCCCCCCACUUUCCUCAUCGUCUCGAUGGAGACCGCCGUCGUACACACAGAGACAGACACACACACACACACACAUACAUACACACACAGCUCCCCCUUUCCUCAAAUCUACCCCUAAAUAAACACGUCUCGCUACCUCACCGAACAACAAGGAGAGGUACAGCAACCAUGUAACCAAUCAAACGCAACCAAACAUUUUGAAAUCCUCCAGCCUCAAAUACACACACACACACACACAGUCAAAUGCGAGAGAGAGAGAGAGAGAGAGAGAGAGAGAGAGAGAGGGAGGGAGAGAGAGAGAGAGAGGGGGAGAGAGAGAGAGAGAGGGGGUUCCUGGUAUCCAGACUGAACCAGAUGGAUGGCAACAAUAGAAAGAGACAGAGGAGAACCAGGUGGCGACCCCACUCUCCUCCUGGAGGGACUGGAGGUUCUGCUUUAAACGUUAACCUGCACAAUGAGCCACGAUGUGAGAGCAACGGGCUCCCCCUCCCUGCCCGCUCGUCGUCCUCGCCCGAGCCAUGGAGGGAGGAUUUGGACCUUCUCCCCCCUCAAGGUACCCGAUGGACUUAUACCAACAAAACCUGACGCCGGCGAGGAAAGGACUUGAGAAGAGAUGUUCUCCAAAAGGGAAGGGCUUUGUGAAUGCCACGUUCUUCUCCAUGGUCCGUGGAAUCCAGUGGUUGUAUUUGUUUCGGUGGAAUAGGGAUCUAGUGAUCGGGUAUCGGCAGUGCAAUAACAGGACAAACUCAAGGGCUGAUGUGAAACAAAGUUUUCUUUAUUUUUCUUUUGUUCCUUUUUUCUUUUCCCCCAAAUUACACCAAAUAUAUUUAAGUUGAUCUAUUUAAAGUAUGCGUGACUUAUGAUAUUGUUGUAGUAGACGGCUCAGCGUUUGUCUUGUGCAGUGUUAUUGUGCUGUGUACCCUUAUUUCUUUUAAUGCCAUCUCAAAAAUGUACACCAAAUUUUAUUUGCGGAACACAGAGUAAAAUUUUUGCCUUUUUCAGCCAUUCCUACGGAAGCCCGUAAACAGAAAUAUGGGGAUCCUUCUGUGUUAAUUAUUUUAUGAACCUUUUAAUGUUAAGUCCCCUUCGUAUUUUAUUUUUAUUUUUAUUGAUGUUUAUGAAACGGCUGUAUAGUGUGGUUCUCUUGGCGUAUUGUACAGGUUUAUGGUUUUAAACGCAGGCUACGCGGUUGGUUCCUUAGUGUACCUUAUGGUUUCUCCACGACCCUAUAGAGAGAGAGAGGCUCCCAUUGAACGAAGCUCCAAACUCACGGUCAAAUUCAUCGAGGAUUCAACGCUGUUGCAAACCGAAUACCAAGACGAUGAAUACACGGGUGAGCGAAACGAUCCAAAGAAAACGGAAAAACAAAAGAGGAAAAAAUGGAUAAAGAAGCCUAUGAAGGGUGGACAUAUUCUAACAGGAUCAAAAAGGAAAGAAAAAAACCCUGCUUUUUCAUCAAUAGAUUUUAUUUGUUUGUUUGGUCUUUAGCUGUUGUUGUCUGCCGUUUUUUAAAACCGGGGAUGCGAAUCAGUAACCAUACACAGAGCAAUGUGCCUUACUGCGCGCUGCAGCCAGUGUUUCCAUGUUGGGUCCGAUUUCUCGCCCAAUCUGGCAACACUGACUGUGCGUUCACUUGCCCCUGUUCACUAGCUCCUGUGCCCUCCCACCUCUCCUAGGUCUAGCUUUUAUCUGCUUCUCUACUGUGUAUGGGAGGAGGAGGGUAUUGUUUGCCUCCUACUCACGUUUUACUGAUAUUCACUAUUCUAAACCAAUCCUCCCAUGCUUUCUCCCCUCUGUCAACCCAUGUGUGUUCCCCGUGUGCUAAUAUUGCUCCCUUUAAAUCCCCCUGGCCCAACUCUACCUUUUAUUGUGUAUAAUUCCAGUAUUUAUACGGUUAUUUGGAACAUUUAUAUGUAGUUCGAUCCAACUCAAUGUCAACCAACAUAGUUAGAAAUGUGCAUCCCACAGUGAGGCCCACAGUAAAAAUAUUAUUUAUUGAUCAGCUUUUAGUAGCUAUUCCCUGUCAGAUGUAUAUUUAAUUUCAUUGAUUCAGUUAUUUUAUUGGUCUGAAGUCUGGGUUGAGGCAUUUGGGUGAUGCUAAACUACUAAACCAAUUGCAACAAAUGUUGGACCAUACCAGUCUGCACGAGUCUAAAUUAUAGCAAUCAAAAAAGUCAUACUGGAAUCAUACUGACUGCUUAUUCUAUCACACUUUUAAGUUUUGCUUGGAGAUACUUGCAGCUUCCUGACCCUCCUGAGUGGGAGUUGGCGGUGAUUGUACCUUCUGUGUCUGCUCCUUUACCCCUGUUCCCUUAGCAACGCACUCCUGUACACUCCGUUCCCAACGCACUCCUGUACACUCUGUUCCUCAAGCAACUCACUCCCGUACACUCCAUUCCCUAGGUAACACACUCUUGUUGUAUUUCCUGCCGUCGUGCUUUCGUGUCUCCCUCUGCUCUGGCCGCUUCACUUACUGACGUUAUUUUAUUUUCAUUUAAACCAACCUGACUGGUUAUUUUCCCUGUCACCCACUGUAGUGGGCCACGGGUUCUGUUUGUUCAGGAUAACUUCAUGCAUCUCCUGUAACCUUCACCCUCUUCGACCACUUGGCGUGUGAUUGAGACUUCCAUCACAACACAGCCUGAUAGGAAACACUCUGGUUGGUUAAGUCCCUUAACAGUGUAUAUUUUGGUUGUGUGUGCGUGCGCAUUUUGUGUGUCAUUGUGUUUGAACAUAUCACAGCACUAUGACAUCUGCCAUUGCAGCUGGUAAUCACAAGAAAUGCAACUCUUUCAGAUGUAUGUUGAGUUGUGGUCUAAGGAUAGUUUUUAUAUUGGCUGAAUUAGACUUUUCAACACUUGCUGUGUCACAGUUUGUGAUCCAGGCGUGGAGCUUUGAUAUAUUGUUUGCUGAUGUCCUCUGGAAAAAUGUCCCUGAUCAGAACCAUCUUCCAAUCGAAAUACCGGUUUCGUUCUAGAAAAAUAGAAAUGAAAAUUUAUUUAUUGAAUAACUUUAAUUUAAUAUGCCCCCGGGCAAAGUUGCUCUGUUUAAAAAAAAUCGAUCAGUUUUUCUACUGUUGAUGGUGUUAAAUGUCCUCGCAAAUGUUUUUAAAAAGACAAUGUGACUGAUGAUGAUUUCGAUGGUGAUGUUUAAAUGUGUAAGUGAUUUACAUAUUAAGGGAACCACGGCCUGAUAGAUAAUGACGCGUCGGAAUCUGUGGCCUGCACUUGUUCAUUCUGACCACCAGGGGGUAAAAAACAGCAAUCUGACGAUGUUUCAAUUUACACUUUGUUUUGUAAGAAUUCCUUUAAAUUAUUUUUUAAACUGUUGAUUACGGUUUAAGUGUGUGUCACUGCUCUAUUUGUUUUUUGUUCUGUGUGGAAAUCAGAGCUUGGUCGUGGUAUCAUGCAAGAGUUGAGGUUAAUCAAAUGCAGCCAUUGUAAUCAAAUGGAAAUUCAGAUGAAAGUAAAGCCAUUUUACUGGCUUUAAAAUAUGGUUCACAUGUACCGUUUAUCUAUAUAUAUAUAUAUAUAUAUAUAUAUAUAUAUAUAUA